UCACCCAGAACCAGUUCGAGCCAAUCAAAGCGAACCGCUCAGCACUGUUGCGAUUCGGAACCACAGUGGUGAACGGAACUUGAACAGAACUGGAGACGCGACGCAAAUGGAAAAGAAAACAUAAACGUUGAAAGCUGGAAAAAUGCGCUGUAAAUCGCCAGCCGUUGGUUAGCAAGUGCAAAAGCGCGUUCCCGAGUGUGCCCGUGAAUAAUUCGCAAUGCAAUAAGGUCGGGAAAUUGCGGAAAACAGCAUCGAAAAGCAGCAAGAGAACCCAGGCCCACCCCGCUCACCACCCUCCUCUCCAUACACCUCAGCAACGUCAGCGGGCGAAAGAGCGGGCGUUGCUAAAUAAUUUCUCCGGGGCGCUCCGCUGGACAAAAAGUGUUUUCUUCUUUUUUUUCUCGUUGGCGUGCGCGUAUAAAUAAAUAGCUGAAAACAGCCAGAGAAAAUAUAAGGCUGAAAAUCAGGCAGAGAAAAUAAAUCGCAGAAAAAAUUAGAAAAAAUCAGCAAAUAGAAAGUGUAUACCGCCUGCACUUGUGCCAGUGUGUGAGUCAGUGUGUGUGAUGUGUGUUUGUGUGCGGGCCAGAGAACACAAGGUGCAAAAUGUUUACAAAAAAAUCUCAUGCCGACGUGAAAAAAUCCACGGCCAAAUUGCAGGAUUGCAAAAAGGAUUCCGCCUCUAGAUUGCGACACCUACGCAUGAUAUUAGAUAAUGUGGAGCUAGAAGAGUCAAAAUCGCUGUUCGAGACCAACUACAGCCAUGUCUACUUUAUACUCUACGACACCUUCAUCCAAGCUGAGGCGAAUCUAAAGCAAAAAGAACUUCCGUUUCACAUUGUACACAAGGCUCAUCGCGAGGAACUUGACGGUUCACUAUGGCUCCUGGACAAGAUACUAUGCCUCUUGCCCGAGUUGCUGGCCCGACGGUGGCAAUGCCACUCUCUCAGUCGCAUCAUGGCCAAGUUGCUGCACCUGGGGAACUCACCCAAGCUGAGACGCGAAGGUGUCAGAUACUUUCUACUUUGGUAUCAGACGCUUGGCGAGAAUGCUCCAGGCUACGUGCAUGCCAUGUACGCUGACCUUAUCCCCGGCCUAAUUGUACCCCAAAAAGGAGUAGUCGGUCCGGAUACGGAGUUCAGUGCCUCGGACUUUCUCACCCAUCCGAACAUGAAGGCGGAUGGUGGUAUGGCGUCCGUUUUUCACGACAACGCAUUCUCGCAUCCCGUGCAAAGUUCGGAGGUGGUUGCCCUGCUUCCGCCUUCAUCCAGCGAAAAGUCAGCACCUCCCGAUCCUCGGGAUGGCCUGGAGGUUUUGCUAAAUAGCAUGGUACACACGGCGGCUUGUCUGCGAUGGCGAGAUAAUCGCGCCCAGAAAGAUCACCGUGCAUUUGCCUUCCUGCUGCAGCGCUUCAUGGAUGUAUUCCUGCCCGUAUUUUCGCCCAACUUCGACGUAAGUUGUUCCAUUUAUAAUCCCCGCCUGGAUUUGCCCGUUAUGCGAUCGAUUCACAAGAAGGAAGAAGUGAUGGCCUCGUGUGUUGUGGUCUUGAUCAACUGGGUCUCACGUUUUACCCACGAGCGCUUGCUAAGUCAUCGCUUGGACUGCACACUGCACAUCGAAGACGUAGACCAUGUCCGUCUUCAGGGCUACCAGCAAGGUCUCAUCGUUCGGGAUGUGUUAUAUGUCAGUCGUGAGAACAUAAACUUCGUGCACGAGGUGUAUCGACAAGCGUUUUUGCUGAACUUCACCUCCAAGCCGCAAAUAGAAGCAAUUCGGACGGCCAUUGCUGUGUACCGGGAUUGGAUGACAGGAGAGACACCUCCGCCAUUUUUACUAGAACCAAAUGACGAUCCGCCACCUCAGUCGACUGCGGGUGGAACUCCCAGAAGUCAGCGGCUGCGCACGCCCUCUUAUGUGGGUGCCAUUGCGGGCUCCAAGGAUCAACUGGCAGUAAGAGCUGGACGGCAGAAUGUAUUGCAGGUAUUUGUGACCAACGCGGCAAAUGUGUUCCUGGUGAACACGGCCAAUCUGAACAUCUGCUUUCCCACCCGUUCACGAAGUUAUCGAUCCACACCGUUGGAAGAACAGACGGAAAUUUGCAAGAAGGUGCUGAACGUGUACCGCACAAUGGUGAUGAACACGGAAAUGGACUCACGUACCUGGGAGCAACUGCUUAUGGUGCUACUGCAGGUCACCUCAGUUGUACUGCAUCAAAACCAACAUUCGUUGCCAAGUGGCACCUCAAAGAGUGCCACCUUAGGUGGAAUUCUAGGAUCGGCAAUAUUCCAGACUCUCAUUGUGACAUGGAUACGAGCACACACUAAAGUGCCUGUUAAUGUACAGCUGUGGGAGAAGUUUCUGAAUGUUCUGCAGUCUUUGACGCACCGCGAGGAACUUAUUGUUGAAUGGAAUAAGACCAUCCAAACAUUGACACGUGUAUUUUCGCGAUACACUUAUUGCAUAAACUUGCAAGAUUUACCACUAGAUCGUGUGGCGGAGAGCCGCGCGGAGAAGCGCCGUCGAAUUGGGAGUGUCUGGCAAGGAUCAGGAUCGGGCAGUGCUGCCAAUGGAGGUGCUGCUUCUGCUGCUAUUAGCCAAAACAGGCAGCGAGAAUCACUAGCGGAAUCGAGUAGCAGUCGUUCGGAGGAGACGUCGUCCCAGGCGCCACUUGCCAAUCAUCCACGACCUCACCACCAGCAUUCGCAAUCCCAUGGAGGCACUGGCCAUGGUUCGCGGCCCGUUCCCCUGACUCCCAUGCUGAGUAGGAGCUACAGCGAAGGUAGUUUGGCCUCGGCAGCCAGGAGCUCAAGGAUACGACGCCGUCGGGCAGCCACUCCAAAACCCAAGGUACUCCAGCCACCAGAGAUGGGAGAAAAUCGGUCGAAUCCCCAAGAUCUGAGGCGAGCCAUGUCACUGGAUUCGUUGGCGCGGAAAGGGGAAGCAGAGGAAACGGAUAGCUACCAGGAAGGUGACAACGAAAGUGGAGCAGGCUCAAGGAGUCCAUCUCCCACCGCUAGCAGUGGAAUUGAAGGUGGAUCCAUUAAAGAUGCCCAUUUGCAAAUUGAUGCCAGCUUAGAUGAUGCAAAUUCCGGGAGCUACGGAAGUGGAAGUAACUCGGGAAGUGUUUCCGGACGUCGGUGCAUUAUUCUAGGAGGCUCAGCGGAGGGUUGGCAUCCAGAUUCCACCUCCAUAAUGUGGAAGCGCAUGUUGGGUGCUCUGGGAGAUGUUAACCGUAUACCCAAAGCGGAUCUACACGCCCAGGUGUUUAUGCAUUUGUUGGAGAUGACUCAAAAUCUCAUCAAGAUCAAGCAAAACCAAGGCAUAUCCACGGAUAAUCAGAGCACUCCACCGAUGCCAACUCUGGUGCCUCCGAUCGGAAUUGUUGCUCCCUGGUGCUAUGGAUCUCUCUCACUGGAUCGAUCCUUCAAGAAGGGAAAACUCUGGGCCCUUCAAUUGCUCUGUUCGCUAGCGAUUCAAGGAGCUGUGGGCAUGCAACAAUUGCCAUUGUUUUAUCAUGCUCUCCAUCAGUUGCUGACCGGGGAGGAUCGGGAUUUGAUUUAUGCAAUUCUUAAACACUUGGAAGGUCCCAGAUUACUGAGUUUGCUCUUGCCAGGACACACUUUGUUACUGUUGGACUUGGUCCAUGCAAGUGCAAUCUUGCUGACUUCCCUGGAAGUCUCCAGGAGCACACCAAGAGCAGAGGUAGCGGCUCUCCUUGGAUCUCUGCUCUGCUAUCCGUCCUCUUUGCUGCCACGCCCUGUCCUGCAACCGUCGCCACAAAAGUUUGAACUUAUGGAGUGUCCGGACUUGCAGGAUCACAUCCUGAACAUAGUGCUGAGAUGCGCCAGGAGGGAGCCUUCAGCUAAAGCGCGAUGCAUUGCCCUUUCGCAACUUGGACAGUGGCUGCUUAUGCGUCUUUCCCAACCUUUGUCAGUAUCAUCGAGUUCUGGAAAGAGUAACAUGUUCCAGCAGGCAGUGCCACAUCACAAAGAUGUCCAUCCCAAGGAGACACAGGUCUACAAUCCGCGCAUCAAAGAAGUGCUUCAAGUACUGCUCCAGGCACUGCAGUUCAAGCAUCACACCAUCGCCAUGGUGGCAGUGGAUUCAUUAAAGUUGUGCGCCGAACGUGGACACCAACUGGCAUCGAUUGAAAGGGUUCCGCAGCUCAUCAUCACAGCUAUUUGCAAGGCCUUAGAGAUCCAAAACGUCACCAAGCCUAAGGAUUCUGAUAAGGUGGUGCUGACAUCGCUGAUGUUGUGCCUAGGCGAAUUCUGCAUGGCAAUUCCGGCCCCAAUUAUGUUGGCGCCCUUCAACGAGCAAGAGGAUACGCUGGUGCUGCAGGUGCUAAGAGUGCUCCUUCAAGUUGCCUCGGGAGCCCCUCGCCAUGAGAGGGUAAAACUGACGGCCGAUGAUGAUUUCGAUAUGCACAUUGCACACGACGAUCUUCAAGGUGAUGGACGCCUGCCAGAGGCUACUUAUCAAACGUCUGAGACCAUCCAGAAGUGUAUCACAGCCAUCAAGUUGUGUGCCAAGGCGGUAUCCAUGCAUCUGGUCACCCACGUUGGUCAUUUUCCCAUGGGAAUCGGAGCAUCUCGAUUGAGCUCUAUGGUAGAGGAACAGGAUGACAUUGGUAGUUGUGCUUAUGGUGGUCAAGUGGAAACGAGGCGUGAUUCUGUAGAUCUUCCUUCUGUGGUGAGUGCUCAGAAUAUGCAGUUGUUUAUGCUGAGCUCAGGUCUGGUCGCCAGUUUUAUUGAGUUGCCAACUCUAAAACUUCCUGGUGGAGGAAUCACAGCCGGCUUGGUCACAGCUGAGAAGCAAGUUAGGGUUCUAAUGCGGGAUCUCAAUGGCAAAGCUUGUUGGGAUGCCUCAAUAUUAUAUUCGGAACCGCGAAAGCUGGAGGAGGUUCCUCCAAAAACCACACCAAAGAUUCACCAGUCCCAACCGUUGGAUUCCAUGGUGUCAUCCAUGGUGGCGCAUGAGCUGCAAGCUCCUCGACAUACGUUGCGACACCGUCCGGCGGGAGUGCUGCCAUUGGCCAAGGAUAUGGCCCCGGAUCUGGACCAACUGGACGAUAUGCUGGCGUAUAUCGGACAUACAAGUCCGGAGUGUGUGGCUCCCACAGUGAGCCAGUUAAAUGCUCCAAGUAGCAGUCCUCUGAGUGGUAAUCAAGAGGCGCAAGCCAUUUCGGUGAUACUUAAUCAGCGCCUCCUAGAGCAAGAAUACGUGACUCAUUCGACGCAGGCCCCGUCCCCGGCUUUGCGGCAUGCCAGCUCCAGUUCUUCGUUGCAGCAACCGGACCAGAGGUCAGUACACUCCGCUACAGCCUCCUUUGAUUCCCUGCCCACGCGGACGGAGAUGCCGUUCCAGUAUUGCCGGUUGCUCUUCUCACAUUUGGGUCUAGCCGGAUGGGAGCGACGUUCCAGGACGCAUUUGCUUCAGAGAAGCGAGAAACUCAUGAGGGAAUUGAGAAAUGUCGAUCUCCAAAAAUGCCGGGAAACCCACAAAAUGGCAGUGAUUUAUGUAGCCCCCGGCCAGGAAGAUAAAGGAAGCAUUCUAAGAAAUACGAGUGGUAGCAGCACCUACGAGAUGUUCGUUUCCGCAUUGGGUUGGGAGAUUGAUUUGGAGACGCACAAUGGUUUCCUAGGCGGAUUACCACGUCAAGGAUGCGGAGCAACAGCCCCGUAUUAUGCUACACCCUUUCUGGAGGUGGUUUACCACGUAGCCACAAGAAUGCCAUCGGACUCUUCGGAGGCCAUGCUGCUAAAAACGCGCCAUCUCGGCAACGACGAGGUUCACAUCGUGUGGAGUGAACACCAUCGGGAUUACAGACGGGACAUUCUGCCCACCGAGUUUUGCGAUGUGUUGAUUGUGGUUUAUCCCCUGAGAAAUGGUUUGUUCCGGGUGACUGUAAACCGGAAACCAGAGGUUCCAUGGUUCGGACCAUUAGCCAAUGAAAGUGUGGUGAGUGGCGCAUGCCUGGCCACUCUGAUCCGAGCCACUGCCAUUAACGCCAGUCGAACGAAGCGCGCCGCCUUGCCGCUCUAUCAACAAUUCUAUGAAGAGCGCAACAGGUCUUUGGAUAGCGUAUCUUCACGAUACAAGGAGAGUACCACCUUCGAGGACUUUGCCAGCCGCAUCUAUAACCCCAUGCCUCUGUCUACGUUGGGCACUCUUAGGGAAUCCAAUGCCAGCAGUUCGGCAGCACCUCUUGCUUCAGCUUUGCUCGAUCACAAUCGUGCCUCCGUCAAAGGUUGGGUACAAGCGUCUAUUGACUCAGGCCCCAUAAUGGGUAUAGCUCCAUCGGCCUCAGCAGGAUCGACAGCAGCCAUGGAAGCAGCCGCUGGAAUGGCCUCCGCCUCUCCUCGUGGCCCCCGCAAACUAGGUGCUCCAUUCAAGAGCGUGACCAAGAAGCACUCGCUUCAGCAGAUUGUCGUCGGUGGAGGCGGAGGAGCUGGAGGCGACACUCCCCCAGAGAGCCCAACUCUGCCACAGCGACGCUUCAAAUAAAACUUUUCUCUUUCCUCCGAUUCCCGGUACUACCUGCACCCAUUCCCUUCCCCACCAAUCGGGCCGAGGGCCCAGCCAGGCCCGAAAAGAUGCAGAGAGUUCUAAUGCAAACGAAAAGUAUUGCGAAACACGUUUCCUCCUAUAUUAGUUAUUGUAAUUUAUUUCGGUUUCCAGCUUAGUCUAACUAUCAGUGUAUUUAACUAUUUAUUUUCUGCUACCACUAAUCGAACGCAACUCUCUAUUGCUUCCCCUUUCCAUUUAAUUUCCAAGAUAACACUGUGUUGUAAUGCCUUGCGAAUUUUACUUAGUUACAAUGAUUUUUUUUUACGUUUUUAUUGAUGAACCCCGCUCGCCAGCGAUGCGGCUGUAUUUUGCGUCCACUCAAACUUACUUAUUUGAAAUUAUGUUAUCUAUGCACUCAAUUAUGUUAAUUAAUUCGAUGUAAUAUAAGAUUAUUUAGUUAAUGAGCUUUAAGUAUUCGAGUGCAAAUUGAUUAUCAGUUAGCUGAACAAUGGCUUUUUUCGCAUUUACUAUGCUGCGCUUUUUUUCCAAAGCAAUCUGUUAUUAAAUAUUAUAAAUAUUAUUUUUAACAUUUUUAUGUCACAUUUAACGCUUGGCAACGAGAUGCAAAUUCAAAGAAUUCGAUAAUCGUUUUAAGUGUCACGCACAAAAUGCAAGAAUAAUCAAAAUUCGAACAUAGAAACUUGCUCUGCCCAUUUAAAGCAACACGUCAACUACUAGUAUUAUGUAAUCGAGCUAUAUGUAUAGGUAGCCUAGUUAUAAGCAUUCUCUAAUAUCCAAUCCCCUAUCAACUGUCGAUGGCAAUCGUCACUAGGAGUGUGAGUCUUAGAAAGGAAAAGAAAACAAAACAACAGAGUAACUAAAAUUGUUCAAACAAUCGCCUUUUAUUUGUGUGUAAAAAUGAAAUUGUUACAAGAUGAUUUAUUAACCAGUAUAGGGAUGUUCUUCAUUUGUAUUUCACUGCGAAUUGUUUCAACGAAUUGAUCAAAUUGAUAGAUUUAUAUUUAUAUAUAUUUACACCAAAAUAUGUUAAUUUUGUAUUUAUGUAAAACGGGCAACUGAAAGUUAAUUGCAAUGCCUUUUUGUUGCACAAAUGUUUUAUGAAAUCUGUAGUCUAAUUAACACAAUUAACCUUAAGCAAGUAAACAUUUUUGUAUAAAAAACGCAAAAAAAAAAACAAAUAAAUUGAAAAGCAAAUUAAAGCUAUGUGAAAUUUGUAACUAACACCAAGUAACAGAUUAUAUACAACCUACAUUUACAACUACGAUUAAAUAUGUAUAUUAAUUUACUAAUUUAUUUGAGAAACAAUCGAGUAUUUUUCGUAUAAUAAAUAACGUGAAUUUAA